AUGGCUAAACCUAUAAAAAAAUUUGUAAUUUGUGGAGCUGGACCAACUGCAUUUGGAUCAUUACAUCGUUUACAUGAAAUUUUGUCAAAUGACGAAUUAAGAAACGAUCUACCAUUUAUUCCGUCAAUAUUAAUUUUAGAAAAAGAAGAUGUUUUUGGGGGAUUGGCAAGAUCAGUUACUGAUGAGAAUGGAUUUGUUUUUGAUCUUGGUGUUCAUGUAGUUAGUGAAUCAAAAUAUCCAUUAUUUAUAGAUACAAUGCAGGAGGCAAUUGAAGAAUGGAAUAUUGUACGUAGAAAUGUAAAAGCUGAUUUUCAUCAUAUAAUUAGUAAAGAAAAAAGAAUUGAUUCUUAUAUACCAUAUCCUGUUCAAGAAAAUAUUAUGUUUUUUCCGGAGAAUAUAAAAAAUAAAUGUUUUAAUGAAUUAAAAGUACUAGAAAAUAUUUCUAAUAAAUGUCAAAAUUUUGAUGAUUUCAUAGAAAAUCAUUUUGGUAAAACUUUAAAAGAAAUAUUUUUUAAACCAUAUAAUGAAAAAGUAUGGACAUUAAAAUUAAAUGAAAUGAGUAAUGAAUGGGUUUAUGGAAGAGUGCCAAAAAUAGAAAUAAAUAAAUUAACAAAAUUAUGUAAUACAAAAUUAAAUGAUAAAUCAAAAAAUAUGACAACAUUUAGAUAUCCAUCAGGAUGUAAAGGAGUAGGUGAUGUAUGGAAAAAAAUAGCAGAGAAAUAUCCUAAAAAUUAUUUUAAAAUGUCAUGUGAAGUUUUUGAGAUAGACCCAAUACUAAAAACUAUAAAUAUUUUAAAUAAAAAUACAAAAAAGAAAUCAAAAUUAGAAUAUGAUUAUUUUAUUUCUACAAUGCCAAUAACUCUUUUAGGAAAAAUGACUUCAUUAGCUCCAUCAAUUAAUUUAAAACAUUCCAAAGUUAUUUUAGCUGGAUUUGGUUUAACUAAUCCACAAAACAAAUUUUCAAAAUCACAUUCAUGGUUAUAUUUUUCAAAUCCUGAUAUUAUUUUUUACCGAGCAACUUUAAUAUCUAACUUUAGUACUGAUCUUACUCCAGAUUAUACCAAAUAUUGGUCUGUUCUUUGUGAAAUUGGUCUUAAAGCAGAGGAGGAAGAUAAUGAAAAAAUUAUUAUGGAAAAAACAUUAAAAGAUUUAAAAAGUUGUGGAAUAGUUGAUGAGGUAAAUAAUGUUGUUACAAAAUUUUAUAUGGUACUUCAGUAUGGAUAUCCAAUUCCAACAUUAGAACGUAAUAAUGAAUUAAAAAAUGCUCAUUUAAUUUUCGAAAAACAUGACAUUUAUUCUAGGGGAAGAUUUGGUGCCUGGAAAUAUGAAGCAUCUAAUCAAGAUAGUGCAUUUACACAAGGUUAUGAAGUAAUUGAUAAGAUUAUUUAUGGAAUUAAUGAAACUCUUGUUUAA